AUGAAAGAAAUUCCCAUUCUUCAACAUUUCCGAGAUGGAUCUCUUCACGAUAUGGAGUAUUGGGUAUUUGACGAGGCCACAGCCACUGUUGUAAUCAAAUUCCCAACUGGUGUCUUUCGUGUUAUUGAGGCAAAGGAUCUACUAAAGUUUGGUGAACGUGAAAUUCACACUUUGGCUCAACAUCAAAUCGUGGUGAAGAAUGAUAUUCUCGAGUCCGCCGCUAAAGAGUUUACGAGUAUGAUCGUCGAGAUUAUAAACAAGAAGAUGUGGUCGGGGGCUAUGGAAGGAUCCGACGUGCUGAUCAUUAAGAAAGAAUGA